AUGUUUGUUUUUAUCUACGUGAUGCGCAAUCCAAAGGACAACAUUGUCUCCUAUUAUCACUUCAGUUUCAGCUGUAGCGACUUGGAGACUCCCAAGAGCUUUGAGGACUUCCUUGAGCAGUAUCUGGCAGGCAAUGUUGGAGCAUCUUCCUGGUUUGACCACAUCAGAGAGUGGCAUUCAAUGAAAGACCAGUACAACAUCCUCUUCCUGACCUAUGAGGACAUGAUUUUGGACCUGAAGGCAGCAGUGACUAAGAUCUGCACUUUCCUGGGGAAAAACCUGAGUGAAGCAGCCAUUGAGGAAGUUGUGGAAAAAGCUACGUUUAACAACAUGAAGAAAAACUCUAAAGCCAACUAUGAGUUUGUGCCAAAAGAUAAGGUGCAGAAAGACUUCAUGCGCAAAGGUAAGAUCGGUGACUGGAAGAACACCUUUACUGUCGCUCAGAGUCAAAGAGUUGAUCAGGUUCUUCAGGAGAGACUCGGGGAUAUGUCUCUGAAGUUCAUCUGGGAAUAAGCAGAGCAGCCACACAAACCUCAAGAUGUUUACAUCUGUUUAAGCCUGAGAUCCCCAAAAAUCAUUGACAGAUAUGUCUAUCUUAUGCUUACAAUAUCUGCAGGAGCUAAUUGUAACUGUUGAUAUGCAUCACAAUAAGGCUUUAUAACCCAUGUUUGGAGAAAAAACAUGAAGACACAUGCGCAGAAAUCACUAAUAAGUGUAGUUGGCCAAUUUGGUGUCUUUACUGAAGUCAACGGGAGUUAAACUGUGUUUCUUUAUGUAUGGUGAAGGCUUGUUUGGUCACUGAAUCUGACUUUACACUUCAAUUCUCUUUGUCUAAAAUGAGAGUAAAGAAAACAUUUUUUAUCAGUAAACAAUACAGAAUUAAUAUAGAGACUUUUUUAGGAAACAGGUUCUCUGAGUUUACAUUAAUCAGAAAAUGCGUCUUAUUUUUAUACAUUCCUUUAAUAACAGAUGUUAGGACAUGGAAUCUUUUUUAUUUUUCUGCAUUUAGUGCAGUCGGAGGCAUUAAUUUAAAAAUCCAGUGACAGAUGAGACUUCAGUCUCUCUGUUUGAACAAACAUCAAUAUGAAGUAUAGUGGUAGCAAAUCAUCUGAUGUCAAAAUCAUGUCAGACAAGAGAUGAGAAGUUUUGUUUUAAAACAAAAGUUUGAACUGAGCCAUGUUGGUUUUAAAAAAAAGCUGACCUUUCAGAAUGAUACAGACCACUUUUCAGCGGUCUGAACGGUUUCCCGUUCCCACUUCAUUCAAAACCCCACAAAUGAAUCUUCUGUUUGUUUGGUGACUGCUGUAUUUUUUGUGUGUGUGCUUAUGCAUUUCUUUGCCUCCAGUUUCAUAUGAACAACUCAAAGUACAUGUCAAAUAAAAUUU